CUCCUUCUCGGCCGCCGUUGCGCCGCUCGGCGCGGCAGGAAGAUGGCGGCGCAACAGCAGGACCGUGAGGGUGGUGCGCAGCUGGCUGGGCCCGCAGCGGAGGCCGACCCGCUGGGCCGCUUUACGUGUCCCGUGUGUUUAGAGGUGUACGAGAAGCCGGUGCAAGUGCCCUGCGGUCACGUCUUUUGCUCUGCAUGCCUGCAGGAAUGUCUGAAGCCGAAGAAGCCUGUCUGUGGGGUGUGUCGCAGCGCUCUGGCCCCUGGCGUCCGAGCUACGGAGCUCGAGCGGCAGAUUGAGAGCACAGAGACUUCUUGCCAUGGCUGCCGUAAAAAUUUUUUACUAUCCAAGAUCCGGGCCCAUGUGGCUACCUGUUCCAAAUACCAGAAUUACAUCAUGGAAGGUGUGAAGGCCACCACCAAGGAUGCCUCCCUUCAGCCAAGGAAUGUCCCAAACCGUUACACAUUUCCUUGCCCUUACUGUCCUGAGAAGAACUUUGAUCAAGAAGGACUAGUGGAACACUGCAAGUUAUCCCAUAGCACGGAUACCAAAUCUGUGGUUUGCCCGAUAUGUGCCUCAAUGCCCUGGGGGGACCCCAACUACCGCAGCGCCAACUUCAUAGAGCACAUCCAGCGCCGGCACCAGUUUUCUUACGACACUUUCGUGGAUUACGAUGUUGACGAAGAGGAUAUGAUGAAUCAGGUGUUGCAGCGUUCCAUCAUCGAUCAGUGAGCAGUCUCCGCUGGCC